UCCCUCACAGUAACAUCCCCCGCACUGGUGAGCUCUCAACAUCGGCAUUGUUCAUCUACUCCGGCGCCGGUCGUGUUCAGUUCGUCUGUCGCGGCAACAUUAGCAUCCAUGGAAGGGGUUUCCGGCGGUGGUCCGCAGGGAAGCUCCUUGGAUUCGUUUGGCGUACCUGACGCUGAUCAUGCCAGUGCGACCUCUGCUGCCGCCGCUGAUGCCCCUGGUGAUUCGGGGACCUUCCAUGGUUCCGAGAAGGGGGGCAUUCCCGUGGACGAUUCCAUCGGGGCUCCGGAUGCGGAGCACCGACGGAUUCCAGAUUUGGGUGCAGUCGGCGAUUCAAAAUCAAGCUCCGGUACAUAUUCGAGGAAGAAGAUUGCACCUAACAAGCAGGUGAUUCAGCCAACCAUUGCCGACGUCCUGGCCGGGAAAAAGAGGUCGGCCGGUGGGGGUUCGCAGAAAGAUGCACCGGCGGCCUUACCAUCGCCUACAUCUUCGGAUGAUUUCAUGGCGACGACAAAGAAGAGGCGGGCCGAUCAGGCCCCUUCCUCGUGCUCGAAGCGCACAUCCCAUGCUGGAGUUCGUGGGGGUGAAGUUGGUUCGCAUGUGCCAAAUGCUCCAGCUCCCGGGCCAAGCGCGGGAACUCGGAAGCGGGGUUCUAAGAAAGGUCAGAUUUCAGGAAAGAAUAGCAUUAGACGAUACCCCUUCACCUCCCGUUCGAGCUGUUCGACCUCAACGUCAGAUUCAGAAGUUGAAUGUACGCUGCUGUCCAAAAGAUGUGGUAGAGGUUAUUGUUGCUCUAACACCAGAUCAGCGUGAUUACGUAUGCAGAAAGAGUUUUGGUCCUCUUUUGGACAUUACGGUUGUAAACUUGGAGACGCGGAGUUUGUUGGAUUGGCUUCUUGAAAAUACCAAUCGAAUGGAUAUGAUCAUCCGGGUUGGUCCGGGAAAGAAUUUGGAGAUAACCAAGGAUGUUAUCCACCAGAUUCUUGGGCUUCCCAACGCUGGUGGCCUGCCUGAAAAAUUUGAUUGGGCGGAAGCAGUAGCCGAAGCGGCUGCUUUCAAGAGUAGGCUUGGACUUAGGCCCCGUUCUUUUGGUGUUGACAAGAUGAAGCAACACAUU